UGGUUUGCUCACCCCAGUGUUGAGAGAACAUCCAGCUUCUGCACUGAGCAUUCAGAAACUGGGUUAUUCUAGGUGUGCAUGCUGGAGGGCGACCGGAGAGUGAGUCUGUUGAGGAGGAUAACUUCAAGGAGUUCUUCACAGAGACAUCAGCAGCAACGCCAACAAAUACCAGAGCACAUGGGCGGAGAUGACAGUGGACCGGGGAAACUGCACCGCAGGUUGUCUCGUCUGGGGAGCCGGAACCACAACAGAGCCCCGCCCCCCCAGCCUGCCCCGCCCCCCCAGCCUGCCCAACCCCCCCAGCCUGCCCAACCCCCCCAAGCUGCCCAGCCAAACAGACCCUCUGCUCAGGAGGACAGACCAGCACCUCCUGUUCCUAAACCUCUACCCCCAGCACAAUCAGAACUAGCCUCCAAAGCUGGUGAGACCCCCUCAAAACUCACCCCUGUCACACAGAAGCCAAAACCCCCCCCUCGGCCCCUGAAUAGGGUGUUCAGCAGCACAGCGCAUGGGGCGGCCAUCUUGCAGGGACUUGAGCAGCUCAGAGGAGACAAGGCACUGUGUGACGUCACCCUGGUGCCGGGGGACAGCAGUGACACGUUUCCAGUGCACCGAGUCAUCAUGGCAUCCGCCAGUGACUACUUCAAGGCCAUGUUCACAGGGGGAAUGAGAGAGCAGGAGAUGAGGGAGAUCAAGCUGCACGGCGUGAGCAAAACAGGCCUAAAGAACAUCAUAGACUUCAUCUACACCUCCAGGGUGAACCUCUGCUUGGCCAACCUCCAGGACACACUGGAGGCGGCCAACUUCCUGCAGGUGCUGCCUGUCCUGGGGUUCUGCAACGAGCUCCUGAGCAGCGAGAUCACCAUCGAUAACUGCAUAGAGGUGGAGCGCAUCGCCGCAGACAUGCUCCUGGAGGAGGUGCAGGUGAACAUCGGGGAGUUUGUGUGUCAGAACCUCCCGGAUCUGGUGCAGAGCGGCCGCUACCUGCAGCUCUCCCAGACCAGCCUGGCUUAUGCCCUAGCCAGCGACUCCUUGAAGGGUUUCUCCGAGAUGGAGCUGUACCGCAUUGCCAGGGCCUGGCUGGACCACGACCCGCCCGCCCGCCGCUCCUCCGUCUACGCCCUGAUGCGCCACAUCCGCUUCCCCCUCAUGAGCCCCAUGGAGCUCAUGCAAAUCUCCCAGGAGGACGAGGGCACCAACGGGAACACCGUGAUGCGCUCCGACACUGCCUGCGUCAACCUCCUGCUGGAGGCCAGCAACUACCAGAUGAUGCCCUUCCUCCAGCCGGCACUGCAGACCGAGCGCACGCGCAUCCGGUCGGACGCCAGGCACCUGCUGGCGCUGGGCGGCGUGAUGCGGCAGCAGCUGGUGGUGAGCCGAGAGCUGCGUCUCUACGAUGAGGAGAGCGGCCACUGGAGGGCGCUCCAGCCCAUGGAGGUGCCUCGCUAUCAGCAUGGCGUGGCGCUGCUAGGGGGCUUCCUCUACAUUGUCGGGGGCCAAAGCACCUAUGACACCAAGGGCAAGACGGCGGUGGACAGCGCGUACCGAUACGACCCGCGCUUCAACAGGUGGCUGCAGGUAGCGUCGCUGAACGAGAAGAGGACCUUCUUCCACUUGAGCGCUCUCAAGGGGAGGAUCUUUGCUGUGGGGGGUAGGAACGCCUCGGGAGAGAUUGACUCAGUGGAGUGCUACGACCUUAGGAAGAACGAGUGGACGUUUGUGUCGCAUAUGAUUGAGCCCCACUACGGCCACGCAGGGACCGUCCAUGGGGAGCUGAUGUACGUCUCAGGUGGCAUCACCCGAGACACGUUUCAGAAGGAGCUGUAUUGCUACGACCCCGACACAGACUCCUGGAGCCGGAGGGCGGACAUGACAGAGCUGCGUGGCCUGCACUGCAUGUGCACUGUGGGCGACCGCCUCUUUGUCAUGGGCGGUAACCACUUCCGAGGCAGCAGCGACUACGACGACGUGCUGGGCUGUGAGUACUACAGCCCCGCCGCCGACCAGUGGACAGUGGUGGCGGCCAUGCCUCGCGGCCAGAGCGACGUGGGCGUGGCUGUGUUCCAGGACCAGAUCUAUGUGGUGGGCGGCUACUCAUGGAACAGCCGCUGCAUGGUGGACAUUGUGCAGCGCUAUGACCCCCAGACAGACGAGUGGGACCGGGUGUUCAACGUCCUAGAGCCCCUGGGGGGCAUCCGGUCCUGCACCCUGACUGUGCAUCUGCCUGAGGGAGCCGUGGACGACGCCCAGAUACAGGACUGCCCGCUGCCUGCGGCUGCCAAGACAUGAAAGCGGAUCCUUCCAAGGACUCACUUGACUCUUUAAACCAGGGUUUGCCCCCCCCUGCACUAAAUGCUCAUGCUGCACUGCUGAAGUAUUACGUUUUGGCUUUUGGCUCUUCUGUUUCAUUGUUGGAUUAUGAUCCCUACAUAUGAGCUCCCACAUUAACAGCCCAAUAUAGUAAAUUGGUACAGAUGCAUCAAUAACAAGUUUGCAACAUAUGUGACCUAUGCUCUUUUGUAAAGCUCUCUCUUGGAAGUCGCUUUGGAUAAAAGCGACCGCUAAAUGCAUGAAUGUAAAUGUAAAUGUAAACAUGACUUUUAAUGUUUUUGUUUUUUUGACAUAGGAUUUGAUUUAGGAUUAUUUGGCUUUACUCAUGAAACAAUUUUUCAUUCAUAAUAAAAAUACUAAGGUAC